AUGCCUUGGGCUUCCACUUCCCGUCACUCUCGUACGCGAUGGACGGUGCGGGCGGCAGUCAAGGGCCACGGCAACAGCUCGCGCAACCCCUGGAACCCGCACACGCGCGACUUCAGAUUCGACUCGAUUUUCAACGACUACUCUGAGCGGCGCGCCGUGCGCCCCGGCCUCGAAGACAAGAUGUCCGACACCGCGCAUGACGCGCUGCCCAGUGCGAUCUCAGCGUCCCUGGAAGGCGAGCCGGAGGAGAUCAUCUGGACGCUGUGGGAUUCGAUCCUCGAUCAUGGAUCCCUCUCGGUAUCAAUCACGCUCCGCUUGGACGACUCGCUCUUUGACAAGAUCAACAAGCGCAGCUCGUUCGCAGAGUCCAUCUUCGGUGCUGACCCGUCGUACAUGCAGUCACACCACAAGACCCCCGCCGUGCGCCGCGCUUCUCCCGCAGAGCGCAGGGCCGACCCCGCGGCGACACCUCCAAGCAGAUUCCUCUCCAGCAUCCAGAAGGGAAUGACACUGAUGCUUGGCGGCGGCGGCGUCCGGCGGUGCUCUGUUGCCUCUGUGGUCGAUGCUCCCCCCUGCGUUCGCGUCGAUGCAGCGCCCCCCGGCUACUCCCUACAGUUCGACAGGAUCCAGCCUCCUAUGCGCGAGUCGUGCAAGUCCGCGUGCAAGGGCAUCACCGGCACGUUCAUUGCGCGGGACGGCAAAGAGAACGCGUCCCCCGCCGUUCCUAUUCUGCAGACCUUCACCCGCGCCCUCAUGGUCGUCCUACCCCGCGCGUCCCAGUUCCGGCGGUAA